AUGAAGUGGUAUUUUCAGAAGCCGUAUGUGCGGCGAGUGCCUUCGGAUUUCUUCCGAUUUCCGGUCGUCUCCCAAGUGACCAAGCAAAAGAUAGACUGGCUGUAUCACCACCCGCGCUCAGGCUACGAGGGCGCAUGCGUCUUCGGCCAAAAUACACUCGAGGUCACAAAUCUGCCCAUGGGAAAAACCUGCGAGUAUCUGCAAGAACGCCUCUGGAGAUACUUUGGAAAAUUCGGAAUCGUCGAACACGUCCGAGUCCUCCCUCAUGAACGGGACCCUCGGAUUGCCUCCUUGCGCGCCGUGCGGCUGCCUGUACACCUCCCGGCGUCUCUGCACAACCGCGUUUUGCACCUUCGCCACCUCGGGACUGACAAAUCCAGCGACGACCUCUUCUACUUUCGGCGUCAUCAAGCCGUCAGGAAUCUGCUCUCCGUUGCGCAACAGCUGUACGCCUACCUCGAGCAGCGCGGUCCCCUACCGGCCCAGAAAGCCUUGCGCCUCCUCUUCGAGCGUUCGUAUCCGCGGCUCGCCUGGCGACAAGCAGGCUACAGUGUGCGUGCGUGCUGCGGCAGCUGGCUAGGCUUCUUCUCGCGGAGUCCGUUCAACGAGUUGUUUUACCUCGCGCACCAAGAGGAAGCGGGAGGGCUCACACGCAAAGGGAGCGGGCUUGACUCAGACGCGCAGGGGUCGCGAAAAAUGAUUUCGAGUGCAGGCGUGGCAAGCACUGAAGAGAAGCGCGGAAGAAGAAAGAAAGCCAAAAGAGGCGAGGCCGAAGACGGCAGUGCCCAGGAGCUGAAUAAGCUGACAGAUCGACAAGAAAAAGACAUGUUGAAGAAAUUGGUCGUCUUCCCGCAUCUUCUGUCUCGAGACAAACUCCAGGCGCUUCUCCUCCGUGCAGGACGUCUUCUGCAGAUGGACCUGCAAAACGAGCUGUCCGUACACUGGAGAACUGACAGGCCUCCUCUUCCCGACUGGACACAGAAACAGAUUCAGCUCUGGCAACACCAAGACCCGCUACCGGAGGAAUUGCAAAUCUGGUCUCGUACCAAGGAUUACUACAAAAUCCAUGAAGAACGCUUCCUCUUCAAACUCAAGCUGAAGAAGGAGCGGGCGCAGGCGAAGCUGGAGAUGAAGCAGCAACGCAGACGUCUGGAGUUGCAGGCUCAGCAGUCGGCUGCCUGA